AGACGAUAUUUAAUUACAAGCAGCAGUACGCAAGAUGAUGCUGUCUCCGUCACAUGUUUAGAGAUUUAUAUGAAACUGAAAAAUUAGGUAUUCUCCCCUCUCCUUCCCACCCCACGCGGCUGGUCCGGUGCGGUCGCUCGUCAUUACGUUUUUGUGUGCUGUCGAUGUCACAUCGUUAUUAAUAUUUUUCACGUCACUAACUUAAUAGUUUCGAACUUUGAGUUUUUUAUACAUUUUAAAAAUGGGAAAAAGAAAAAGGCUUAUGGAUGAAGAUUACAAAGAUAUCAUGAAGAAAAUGAAGAAACUCGAAAGGAAGUUAGAAAAACGUAAACGCGUUAUCUCUUCUUCGGAUGAUGACAAUUCAUCGUGCAGCGAAAAAAUAUCAGACAUCGCUCCAACAGUAGAAGAAAAUGACAAUGGUAACCAUGAUGUUGAUUCACCAUCACUCCCCUGUACCGAAAACGAUAAUGAUACUGCGGAGCCAGAUACCACGCCAGAUUUAGACCCAGAUAUACUGGAGAUAUUAGGCGAUGACCCGUCAAAAGAUAAUUGUGUAGGCGAAAAACUACACAAAGAUAUAGCGCUCAGAUGGACACAUAUUUUGAAAAAUGGCAUGAGUAAAGAAAUUAAAACCGAAUUGCAAAAACAAUAUUUAGUGCCUGAGAACUGCGACAGCAUUAACCCACCAAAAUUAAACCCGGAAGUUAAAGCUGCCAUAGACGAACAAAACCUUAAAAAAGAAACAUAUAACGAGCAUAAACAAAAACAACUAUCUAACUGUCUAGCUGCAAUCGGUAAAGCACUGAAUAUUGCUCUUAGCAAUGAGGAAACGUCACAGGAUCUUAUAAAACCAUUAAGUGACGCCGGUCGACUCCUGUGCGACCUCCACUACCGAGAAUCACAAUCUCGUCGUUACGCUAUUAUAAACUCACUUAAUAAAGAAGCUAGAGAUACCGUCAAAAAUACCAAAAUAGACGAAUACUUGUUUGGUUCUGGCCUUGGGGAACAUUUGAAAUCAUCAAAGGCCAUUAAGAAAUCGGGUACAGAAAUGAAACCCAAACCGGUACGACCACAGUCUAAACCCUCAACGAGUCAACCUCAGCGCGGGGCUUUAAACGCAAGGGGGGGCUCGCGAGUGCCGGAAUCGCGAACCAACCCCGGAGUCCGGAAAUACACAACGGCACCAGCAGCGACAACCACGAGGGAUCGUCGCAAGGAGGCGUCGUCGAGGAGAUACAGCAGUCAACGGGGACACAGGCGUUAAAUAAUACUGAACAGAGAGUACCACCCGCUCCACACAGACCUUACCCUGGUAGCAGCGAUGUUAUCAGGGAGGGAUUAACAAGACAGGGCGUCCCUUCGACGUCCAUGAGAAUAGUUAUGGCAUCAUUUGCUCAAAGCACACUAGCUCAAUACAACUCUUCAAUUAAAGCAUGGUGGGAUUUUUGCCAAGGUAAAAAUUUAAACGUUUUCCAAACAACAGUUCCACAUGUAAUGUUGUU